CACCACUUGUGGGAAUCAAAACAACGAAAUUCCAAUAUUCGCACGUAAACAAACAAAUUUCCUCUCAUAUCCCAUGGCUGUCUAUAUUCCAUCAUGGACGACGGUGAGCUGAUCAAGUUAAUCGAAAACCAUCCGAUCCUGUACGACAAGGACUGUGCCAGAAGUGUAAAAAACGCCGCUCUGAAGGACUCCGCUUGGAAAUCCAUCUCCCAGAAAAUGGGAGCCUCCGAACGUGCCUGCAUCACGCGCUGGAAAAGCAUCCGCGAUCGGUUCGGCAAAGAAUUCCGCCGCUUCCAGGAGCGGCCGGACGAACCCACCUACUGGGACAUGUUUCCGCGGUUGCUGUUCCUCAAGGACCACUACAAACAGGGAGUGGCGCGCAACGAGAGCCUGGACGGGAUGCGUUUUGAGCCGCGAGCGAAAAAGCGUCCCAAACCUGAGGCGGAAUUGGAGAAACGUCGGCGAGAGGAAGAGGAGGAGGACUGCCAGGAUGAUCUACUCAACGAACAGCUUAUCCAGCUGGUGAAAAUGCAUCCCGUUCUGUACGAUCGCCACAAGAUCCGAGUCUCUAAGAAUCUGACCGCCAAGAACCUGGCCUGGAGGGAAAUAUCAGAGAACCUCAAUGUUUCAGAGGAACUUUGUUACAACCGCUGGAAAAAGCUGCGAGAUCGCUUCGCCCGGGAAUAUCGAAACCAGCAGAUCCAUCAGAAUAAGCCAAUUACCUGGCGGUACUUCAACGAGCUGCUCUUCUUGGGACGUCACUUCCGCAAGGGAGUGCCUCUAGUUUUGGAAAACAUAAAGCGACGAGGUCGACCGCCAAAGUCCAGCUCUCAAACACAAAAUCCUGCCAAGCAGCCACCUGCGGAGGGGGUCACGGGAGGCGAACAGAUCUGGGGAGCGGACUAUCCCUACAGUACAGACAACGAGGAAUUGGAGGAUGACAUGGAGCUGCCGUAUGAUGAUUCUGAGGAGAUAGAGAUUCUUUCGGAUGCAGAGCAGGGCGCUCCCUAUGACUUUAUCCUCUCUGAAUCCGGGCAAUCGCAGGACUUGGAGCCUCCUCAGCAACUGCAGGUGACCACUACCACUCCGGCGAUGAGCGAAGAGAUUGUUCACACUCUGGAUCGGACGAAUACUGCCCUCGACGAAACGUCCUCCGUUGUUGAAGAAGCUAGUGGGUCACAGGCAACAUCGGAAAAACUACUCACCACCGUGAUAACCAAUAUGGAGACGGUGUUGCAGCAAUCAAGGGAGUUGCAGGCUCAAAUUCAUCAAGAGCAAAGGGAGCAGCAAAAGCAAGCUAAUCCACCUGCAAUAGGCAUUCUGGCCAAGGCACAAAUGCUGCUGGAUGGUCUUAGCCCGGAGGAGAGGUCCAACGCUGAACGAAAAAUUGUUCAAUUCCUUUGCCAAUGUCAGAUAAGAGCUUUGGAUGGUGAGGAUAUAGAGGAUGUGAUACCUUGUCAGUUACUUAAUUGAUU